AUGGCUGCUAAAGAAGGCAGCAACGAAGAUAGUGAAGCGCCAGCUAGACAACGCAAGGCUCAUAAGAAGUCCCGUCUUGGCUGUAAGAACUGUAAGCUUCGGAGUGUAAAGUGCGAUGAAUCAAAACCGUCCUGCAAACGAUGCAAGACCUCAGGCUUCGUCUGCUCAUUCACACAAACCUCUCCAUCAUCCUUUCAGCUUGCCCAUCUUAAUGCCGGACCUGUGUUCUCGGUUGUAGACAAGUUGUUGGGGCCUAUCAAUCCUGGCUUCAGAGUUCCUGUCGUGCAGCCCAUCAAGGGUGGAAUAGGAGAGAUCGUGCUUGAUGAUUUUGCUCUCGACACAUUGGAGAGGUUUCGAAAAAGAACGGUCUUUACGGUUGGGACGAAGAGAACUAGGACGAUUUAUAGCGAGGGGGCGUUUCUGCUUGGAUUGAAGCACCCUUUUCUUAUGCACGUUUUCAUCGCUCUAUCCCAUCUCCACGAUCAGCAUCUCGACCCAAGCCUCAUAGCAUCCCACCGCACACCUCUCGCUUUCCAUUGGUAUCAAGCGACUGCUCUCUUCCACCGUCGUCUUGCAACUACAAGCUCAGUCGCCGACCCGACUACACUCCCCAGUUCUGAGCGCGACUCCCUCUGGACGGCAGGCGCACUGCUUGGCGCUGCUUCUUUCGCUCUGAUAGAUGCCGAAAGUGUUGACAAUGUCUGGCCGCUGAAGGAGUCAGAUCCGCUGGACUUGGACUGGUUGAAGAUGAGUGACGGGAAGAAGGUUGUCUGGCAUCUAGCUGAUCCGACGAGGAAGGAAAGUAUUUUUCAUGAGUUACUCGGAGAAAGGGAGGGAUUGCCUGAUGGAACAAAACCAAUUCCCGCGGAUGCCCUACCGGCCGUAUUCUACACUACUUUCAACCUCAACGCCUCAACAGUCGAAACGAAUCCCUACCACAUAUCCUGCUCGCUCCUAGCCCAACUCCUCCCCCGUGAGAUAAACGACAACACAGUAGUCCAAUUCCUAUCUUUCCUAACCCAACUGGAUCCCCGCUAUCGAAAACUCCUAGAGAAAAAAGAUCCUCGGGCUAUGAUCCUGCUCGCGUGGUGGUACACUAAAGCUGCGGCGCACAGCUCAUGGUGGAUGCAGAGAAGAUCGCUGGUAGAGGGACAGGCGAUUUGUGUUUACCUGGAGGGGUAUUGUUUACAUGUGAAGGGGAUCAAGGAGUUAGUUGAAUUUCCAAAGAGCGUUUUUGAGAUUUGUAAGAGGAAUGGGGCGAAGGCUGUGGAAGAUAGGGGACCUUUGGUGAUGAGCAACUGGGUAUACUAG